GUGAUAUAUGUAUACAUAUAUAAGUGUGUGAAUGUGUGUAUGCAAAUACUACAAGCUAAAGACACAGCUAGUCCGCAAAACCUCUUAUGGCUGCGAAUCCCCCUUCCACCAAACCUUCCAGAGGUGGCUGGAAAUCCGCCAUUUUCAUCAUCUUUGUGGAGGUGGCGGAGAGAUUUGCCUACUACGGAGUGGCCGGAAACCUGUUCAUGUACCUGACGAAGGUGCUCGGCCAGCCCACCGCCACCGCCGCCAAGAGCGUCAACACGUGGCAAGGCGUCGCCGCCAUCUUCCCGGUGGUCGGCGGCUUCCUCGCCGACUCCUACGUCGGCCGAUUCAAAACCAUUCUCAUCUCUUCCGUCAUUUACCUCAUUGGCCUCAUAUUGCUGACGGUAGCAGUCUCUGCGGUUCCUCUCGAAGCACGCCAUACAGUUUUCUUCAUUGCGCUCUACAUUCUCACCGUAGGCGAAGGCGGUCACAAGCCGUGCGUGCAAACCUUCGCCGCCGACCAAUUCGACGAGAACAUCCCGCAAGAGAAGGAGGCGAAGAGCUCCUUCUUCAACUGGUGGUACGUCGGGAUCGUCUGCGGCGCCACCUUGGCGGUGCUGGUGGUGAUCUACGUGGAGGAUUACGUCGGCUGGAGCUUAGGGUUCGGGAUGCUGGCGGCGGCGGUGGCGGCGGCGCUUCUCAUCUUCCUGGCCGGAAGCGGGACCUACUCCCGCCAGGCUCCGGUGGGGAGCCCGUUCACCAGGUUGGCGCAGGUGGUGGUCGCCGCCGUGAGGAAGCGGCGGUUGUCGGAGGGGGAGGCGCGCGGCGUCUGCGUCGAAGAUGCUGACGUCAGCAUGGAGGGUGGCGCGGGGGCUCACACUUUGGCUCCUACUAGUCACUUCAGGUUUGUAGAGAAAGCAGCGAUGAUCGACGAGAGAGACGCGUCGAGCGAGAAGCGGGAUCCAUGGCGGCUGAGCUCGGUGAAGCAAGUGGAAGAAGCGAAGCUGGUGUUCCAACUGAUCCCAAUCUGGCUGAGCUGCCUGAUGUUCGGCGUGGUGAUCGCCCAGCUAGGCACCUACUUCACGAAGCAAGCCUCCACCCUCAACCGCUCCCUCAGCCCCACCUUCCAAAUCCCGGCGGCCUCCUUCCAGGUCAUCACGGGCCUCACCAUCCUCCUCUCCGUCCUCGUCUACGAGCGGGCCCUCGUCCCCAUCUCCCGCUCCCUCACGGCCCGCCCCUCCGGCAUCACCAUGCUUCAGCGCAUCGGCACCGGCCUGCUCCUCUCCGUGCUCACCAUGGCGGUCGCCGCCCUCGUCGAGUCCCGGAGGCUCCGCGUCGCCGCCCGCCACGGCCUGCUCGACAGCCCCGCGGCGCCCGUCCCCAUGUCCGCGUGGUGGGUGGUGCCGCAGUACGUGCUGUGCGGGGUGGCCGACGUCUUCGCGGUCGUGGGGCUGCAGGAGCUCUUCUACGACCAGAUGCCCGUCGGGAUGAGGAGCGUCGGGGCCGCCGCCUACAUCACCGUCACCGGGGUCGGGAGCUUCCUCAGCACUGGGUUUAUAGCGGUGGUGCAGAGGGUCAGCAGCGGCGGCGGCGGUGGGGAGGGGUGGCUGGGGGAUAAUAUAAAUAGGGCGAAGCUGCAGAAUUUUUAUUGGGUUUUGGGGGGUGUGAGUGCGAUCAAUUUCUGUGUUUAUGUUUGUGUGGCUAAUAGGUUUGUGUAUAAGAGGACACAACCAGCUUGAUUGUUGAUCGUGUUUGUAAUGCUAAUGUAUGUGUCACAAAAUAAUAUGUAUGUGUAUAGUUUUCAAUUAAUAUGUAGAGAUUGGGGGAAUGUUAAAAAGAAGUUAAUUAAGCCUGCAGGCUCGUAUUUGCUUUCUAUUUUACCA